GCCGGGCCAUUUUAUGCUGCUAGGAUGGUUACAGUGACUGCGGAUCAGGCAGGGCUUCCUAAGGGAUCAGGAUCUCCUACGCUUUAGCUUCAAAACCCCUCCCCAGCCUUCCCCUCCAUGCAGUGGCAGCUCCAGAGCAGCAAUGGGGACUGCACAGGUGCCCUGAGCAGAGGACCAGCUGAGCCCAGGGCUUCCGGAACAAGGGAGAGCAUGGGGAAGCUGCCAGAACUCCUGGGAGGAAAAUUCCCUAGUGAUCUGGUGGCUGUUUCCCACCACAUACUGUGACCCUCAGGCAGAUGUCUGGGGGUGGGGGGAGAAGCAGAAUAGCAGCGAUGGUAUAGGAGCAGCCUAAUCGUCUCCUCUGGGUUUCGGUGGGGGCUGAAGUAGCAGUGGUGCCUUGCCAAGGCCUCCAUUAGGUUGGGCACACCCAGGUCUCCCUGCUAUAGCACGAAAGGAGCCUGCAGUGUCUGUCGCCUGGUUUCCCUUGGAACGAAGAGGAAGUAGAGAUUUGCCACUGAAAAUGAGAUCAUGCACCAGGACCUUGUCCCACUCUGUGCUGCUGACAUCCAGGAGCAGCUAAGGAAGCGCUUUGCCUACCUGUCUGGUGGACGGGGGCAGGACGGAAGCCCAGUCAUCACCUUCCCCGACUACCCCACCUUCAGCGAGGUCCCGGACAAGGAGUUCCAGAAUGUCAUGACCUAUCUCACCAGCAUCCCCAGCCUGCAAGAUGCUGGCAUCGGAUUCAUCCUGGUCAUCGACAGGAGGCAGGACAAAUGGACCUCCGUGAAGGCGUCGGUCCUGAGAAUAGCAGCAUCUUUCCCGGCAAACCUGCAGCUGGUCCUCGUCCUUCGCCCAACAGGAUUCUUCCAGAGGACCCUCUCAGACAUCGCCUUCAGGUUCCACAGAGAUGACUUUAAGAUGAAGGUGCCGGUCAUAAUGCUGAGCUCAGUGCCAGAACUACACAGCUACAUCGACAAGUCGCAGCUGACCGAGGACCUUGGGGGGACCCUGGACUACUGCCACUCACGCUGGCUGUGCCACCGCACGGCAAUCGAGAGCUUUGCAUUGAUGGUGAAGCAGACGGCCCAGAUGCUGCAGUCCUUUGGGACCGAGCUGGCUGAGACUGAGCUGCCAAACGACGUCCCAUCCACCAGUUUGGUGCUGAGUGCACACACAGAGAAGAAGGACAAAGCCAAGGAGGAUCUGCGGCUGGUGCUCCAGGAGGGGCAGGGCAUUCUCGAGAGCCUCCAGGACCCACCAGCCGAGAGCACAGCACAGGGCGUGAACCAGGACCAGCUGGACAGCCAGGCCACCGUGCAGAGGCUCCUGGCACAACUGCAUGAGACGGAGGCUGCCUUCGACGAAUUCUGGGCCAAACACCAGCAGAAGCUGCAGCAGUGCCUGCGCCUGCGCCACUUUGAGCAGGGCUUCCGCGAGGUCAAAACUGCCUUGGAUACAGUGUCCCAGAAGAUAGCGACUUUCACGGACGUCGGAAACAGCCUGGCACAUGUGGAGCACCUGCUGAAGGACCUGGCCAGCUUCGAGGAGAAGUCCAGUGUGGCUGUGGAGAGAGCCCGUGCCCUGGCACUGGAGGGCGAGGGGCUCAUCGACAACAAGCACUAUGCUGUGGACUCCAUCCGUCCCAAGUGCGAGGAGCUGCGACACCUCUGUGACCAGUUCUCCUCGGAGGUCAGCAGGAGGCGGGGGCUGCUCAGCAAAGCCCUGGAGCUGCACAACCUUCUGGAGACAUCCAUGAAGUGGUGCGACGAGGGCAUCUAUCUGCUGGCCUCACAGCCUGUGGACAAGUGCCAGUCCCAGGAUGGUGCUGAGGCAGCUCUGCAGGAGAUCGAGAAGUUCCUGGAGACUGGUGCAGAGCACAAGAUCCAGGAGCUCAGUGAAAUCUACAAGGAAUAUGAAUCCAUUCUCAACCCGCACCUCAUGGAGCACGUGCAGAAGGUCUUCCAGAAGCAGGAGAGCAUGCAGGAGAUGUUCCACCGCCGGCAGGCAAGCCUCAAGAAGCUGGCAGCCAAGCAGAUGCGGCCCGUACAGCCGGUGGCCCCCAGGCCGGAAGUGCUCACAAAGUCAUCCUGCCCAUCCCCAGGGGGUUGGCGUGGACCUGAGAACUCCGGCUCUGAGGGCAGCACACUGCGGCGGGGACCCUACCGAAGGGCCAAGAGUGAAGCGAGUGAGAGCCGGCAGGGCCGGGGCAGCUCCAUGGGGGACGAGGAGGAGAACCUGGCCAUCCUGCGCAGGCAUGUGAUGAAUGAGCUCCUGGACACAGAACGGGCCUACGUGGAGGAGCUGCUCUGCGUCCUGGAGGGCUAUGCUGCUGAGAUGGACAACCCUCUGAUGGCCCAUCUCAUCUCUACGGGCCUGCAUAGCAAGAAGGGCGUGCUGUUCGGGAACAUGGAGGAGAUCUACCACUUCCACAACAGGAUCUUCCUUCGGGAGCUGGAGAACUGCAUAGACUGCCCGGAGCUGGUGGGACGCUGCUUCCUGGAGCGGAUGGAGGACUUCCAGAUCUACGAGAAGUACUGCCAGAACAAGCCACGCUCCGAGAGCCUGUGGAGACAGUGCUCCGACUGCCCCUUCUUCCAGGAGUGCCAGCGGAAGCUGGACCACAAGCUGAGCCUGGACUCCUACCUGUUGAAGCCAGUACAGAGGAUCACCAAGUACCAGCUGCUGCUCAAGGAAAUGCUGAAGUACAGCCGAAACUGCGAGGGGGCUGAGGACCUGCAGGAGGCACUCAGCUCCAUCCUGGGCAUCCUCAAGGCUGUGAAUGACUCCAUGCACCUCAUCGCCAUCACUGGCUAUGACGGCAACCUGGGUGACCUGGGCAAGCUGCUGAUGCAGGGUUCGUUCAGCGUGUGGACGGACCACAAGAAGGGCCACACCAAGGUGAAAGAGCUGGCACGGUUCAAGCCCAUGCAGCGGCAUCUCUUCCUGCAUGAGAAGGCUGUGCUCUUCUGCAAGAAGAGGGAGGAGAGCGGGGAAGGCUACGAGAAGGCACCGUCCUACAGCUACAAGCAGUCCCUGAAUAUGGCCGCCGUUGGCAUCACGGAGAACGUAAAGGGUGAUGCCAAGAAGUUUGAGAUCUGGUAUAACUCUCGGGAGGAGGUGUACAUCAUCCAGGCACCAACUCCCGAAAUCAAAGCUGCGUGGGUGAGUGAGAUCCGCAAAGUGCUGACCAGCCAGCUGCAGGCCUGCCGGGAGGCCAGCCAGCACCGGGCCCUGGAACACUCGCACAGCCUGCCUCUGCCCACGCCGGCCAGCACCAGUCCCUCAAGAGGAAACACAAGAAACGUUAAAAACCUGGAGGAGAGGAAGACAGCCCCCCUGAACCUGGAGGGAUACGUGAGCGCCUCCUUGUCCAAGCCCCACGAGAAGGGCAAAGAUGACUUGGUCUCUAGCUCUGCCUCUGAGAGCUCAGCGCUGUCCAGAAAGCGCUUCACCCUGCAGGGCUUUGCCAACCUCAAAGGGCAGAAAGCUUCUCCUACCAGUCCUGACAAAAAAGCUAAGCGGCACGAAGUAAAGAGCGACCCGACUCCCUUUGGUUUGCGAGGCUGGAGCAAAACAUCCCAGUCCCUAGAGGCCCCCGAGGAUGACGGUGGCUGGUCCAGUGCAGAGGAGCCCAUCAACUCAUCCGAUGCUGAGGAAGAUGGUAGUGUGGGCCCCAAAAAGCUGGUCCCUGGUAAAUACACUGUCGUGAUGGACGAGGAGAAGGGGGAUCCCAACACCCUCAACGUGAGGAGUGGGGACGUGGUGGAGGUGGUGGAGGAGGGCGCCGAAGGGCUCUGGUUCGUUCGGGACCUGACCCACGGGCAGGAGGCCUGGGUGCCGGCCAGCAGCCUCUGCGCACUCCUGGGCAAGUCUCGCUCGGCCCAGUGUCUGAGCAGCUCAGAGUCGAGCCCAGGGUCCGCCGUGUUGAGCAACUCCUCGAGCUGCAGCGAGGGCUGCCCCGCGCCCUUCGACCUCCAGGCCUAGCGACCACCAGGCGGGGCGGUGCGUGCCCUGGGGUGUCCUGUGGCUAGUGUGGGGCGAGGCGGCCGCGCCAUGGGGCCCAGCGAGGAGGAUGCGGGCGCCCGUCAAUGGAGAGGCCUCGCGCACCCGGCCCGCCGCCCUCUCCCCAUUUCCUGCCGCGUCGACAGGCCAGCAGCCUGUGGGUAGCUUGGGACUCUUUUAUAAGUUCCUGAUUUUUUAAAAUAAGGUCAGUCCCUUGGCCAUUUGGUGGUACCUUGGUUUCAGAUCUUUACCAAGAAUCACUGUGUUUACAUGAAAUGACAAUUUGAUACUGUAUUUGAUAGAAAACUAUUUUUUGUUACUGGGGCUUACAUCAAGCACGUCGUUUAUACCACUACACGGCUUGGGGAACGCUCAGCCUGCACUCCUGAGGUGCCCCUGCAGUGGGCAACAGGGACCUGGCACCUGCUCUGGCUAGGUGACAGCUCUGUACCCAAAGGCAGCCAGAGACCAAGGAGGUCCUUCCACCUGCACAUGUUUCAUUUUCACAGGAAAACUUAAGCUAUAAUUUAAAAUGUUAACCUUCUUUUUUACAAAAAAAAAAGGGUGGGUUAUCAAUGUUUUUAAAGAGCUUCACUAAGUAAGGGUAUUUUUAUUGUUUUUAAAGAAAAAGUGUGAGAACACAAUUCCCACAGGGUCGCUGCACUCGGCCACAGGCUCGCUGCGCCACUGCCCAUCCCACCGGGGUGGGCAGGACCUUGGUGCCUCUCCCGGGCACCUGCCCGCUCUGAUGGGAGGUCCACCUCCAGGUGCUGGGUGGGAGUUGCCAGGGCAGAUCUGGAUGUGGGCGGGAGUCUCCUUUAUCCAAAUCGAGGCAGAACUGGGAUGAAGCUCUUCUGUUUCUUUCCUUUUCUGUGCGUCUAGAAACCAAUUCUCUUCUUUCGAUUCCCUUUCCGUGCCCAGCAGGGCAGAUAUUUUUGUAUGUGUGUAUAUAUGUUCACCUGUGUACAUAUGAUCUGAUGUAAAGGACGUAUUUAUGUCUCAAGCUGCUGAACAGUGUCACUUUACAGUCCUCUCCUUGUUCCUUCACCCUACUGGCACUGACCCUGGGGUCGAGGCCAUGCACCCUCCCGAUCCACGGGUGCAGAGCCAUCGCUGGCCAGACCCCAGCAAAUCAUAACAGACACGUGGACACUCGGUGGCCUUCUCCCCGGGUACACAGAUUCCGAAAGCGACUCGGAACACAGUUGCCCAGAUCCAUUGUUUAGGCGGAGCUCCUACCGUCUCCUCAGGAGCCUGCCCACCUGUGGUCUCUUCCUCAUAACAGCACUUUAAAAUGUCACCUUUUAUUCACUGUUUUGUUUUUUUUUUUUACUUCUGAUGUAAGUGAAAUUUAAAAAUCCAAGUUCUUAUCUGUAUGGAUGAAGUCUGAAUAAAUGUCAGCACCUCUUA